AUGCCUCUGGGGCUGAGGAGAAAGAAGAAAGGCAAAUCCAGGGAGACCUCCACGCUGGUGGACGGCGAGGCUCCGCCGGCGCGAGGGCGAGGCGACGACGAGGUCGGGGCCGGGACCGGCGCUCGUGCCGGGGCGGGGGGCGCCACCGCCUCGCGCGGUCCCGUCCGCUUGGUCUUCCACACCCAGCUGGCGCACGGCAGCCCCACGGGGCGCGUGGAAGGCUUUGGCAGCGUGAAGGAGCUUUACGCUAAAAUCGCUGAGGCGUUCCGCAUUUCCCCGGCCGAGAUCAUGUUUUGCACAUUGAAUACACACAAAAUUGAUAUGAACAAGCUUUUGGGUGUGCAAAUUGGUCUUGAAGACUUUAUAUUUGCUCACGUCAAAGGAAUAAAAAAAGAAGUGGAGGUUUUCAAAUCAGAAGAUUCACUUGGACUUACCAUUACUGAUAAUGGAAAUGGAUGUGCCUUCAUAAAGAGAAUUAAAGCAGGAAGUCUUAUUGACCAAAUAAAAGUGAUAUGUGCUGGUGACCACAUAGAAUCUAUAAAUGGAAAAAACGUAGCAGGCUAUCGUCAUUAUGAAGUGGCUAAGAAUUUAAAGGACUUGAAGAAGGGUCAGACAUUUACAUUAAAACUGAUAGAGCCUAUGAAAUCAUUUGAAAUUAUCGAGCCAAGGUCAAAAAGUGGAAAUUUUGCAGAGGAUAAAAUCUGCCGAGGAAGAGAGACUCUUCGACUAAGACCCAAAGGUCCUGCUACAGUAGAAGAAAUGCUUUCAGAUGUUGAAGAAAAGGCUACCAAAAAAGUGGAUGAUCUUCUGGAAAUGUACAUGGGAAUAAGAGAUCUUGAACUAGCUGCAACUAUGGUAGAAGCCGGAAAAGGCAAGAACAAUCCAGAUGAAUUUGCAGUAGCUCUUGAUGCAGCUUUAGGAGACUUUGCGUUUCCAGAUGAAUUUGUCUUUGAUGUAUGGGGAGCCAUAGGUGAUACUUUGAAAGGGUGAUUUUAAUGAAAGGCAUUAAUUGUAUUAGAGUACUGUGACAGCAGUGUGGGCACAUCAUGUGUGUAGCCGUGUACAUGGCAUCGAGUAUGAACAUAAUAUUUUAAAAAGACCUAUUUAAAAUUUAUAAACCUGAACAAAUUACAUGAAUUUAGGACUGUGUUUGUACAAAGCUUUUAGCCUGAUUUGCAGUUAAUUUAACAUUCGCUUUGAAUCUUUGCCGAAAAAAAAUCAAGUAUUUUCUUUGUGUAUGUACAUAAAUA